AUGAAUGCCAUCCCCAGAGAAGUUGUUUCCUAUGUUGAUGUGGACGUUUCCACCUCAUCGGGUGAAAUUGGGUGCAAAAAAAAGGAUUCCAAAAAGAAAGCAAAAAAGCAAGAAAGAGCCGAAAAGGUAGACUGCAGCGAUUCUGAUGCUUUUGACGAGCCAGAAAGCUUUCAAACGGUCGCCCUUCCCGUCGCUGCUUUUUUGUCCAAUCCAGAGUUGGGCCCUACAUGUGGGGAGGAAUAUUUAUUUGUGGUUAAGGAAGAACGCAAGUUACUUCCCCCAAUCAUUAGCAUUGGGGAUGCUGUUUCCUCGACAUCAAAUUUGCUUACCAUGGAGUCGUUGAUACAAAUGGGGUUUUCGUUUUCCGCCACCGGCCCCGUUUGA